GUAAAUUAUGCUUCAGAAAUAGUUGCACUUAAUGCUAUUAAGUGCCUGACAUUUAGAGGGUACUUAAAUGCUUUUUGCGCCUAAUAUCGCUCAACAAAUUUAAAUAUCUUACAAAGAAAAAACCGAGUCAGGUGGAAUCUGUUUCCCGUAAGCUUCAUUUUGAGCUACAGCUCAACGGGACAACGUCGCCAGUCGGUCAAGAAAACUCUGAAAUCAAAAGGGCAAUAAAAUAUGGCAGCCAAAAAGAGGACAGCAGUCUCCAAGGAGAAAAAUUCGAAGCCAGAUGCGGUCAAUAUAGACCCCAAUACAUCCUUCACUCCCGAAAGCUUUGAGAAGGAGCUCAAAGCCCUAGCUGCAAAGGCCCAGACCGAGACAUGGGGAAAUGCAGUGCGUGAACAGGCUUGGGUCUACGUCCGCCCGAUUGCCCUCUUGAGUUUACUCGCUGUCUACAGCAACGUGUCGCAGCUGUCUCUUUCGCCCGUCUAUGGCGCCAUUCCAUCCUCGUUGUACCAUGGCAGCAUCGUCAUCACGUCGUGCUUCGUGGGUUGGGCUGCGAACCUGCUGUUGCAGCGCGCUCUGCCGCGCAAGGUCAGGCUGGUUCACUUGGUCCCAAUCGUGGCUCUCUACAUUCCCAUGACGCAGCAUUUCUUAUUCAAGUACAGCAACGUUUUGGGCGUGCGCUACGGACCGCUCGUGACUGAGCUGCUCACUCUCUUCCCCCUGAUAGUCGUGGUGGCUGCCUGCUGCGCAACCUACCUCGAGGGAGCCGACUUCAGCCUUCUACCCAAAUGGCUGGCUGAUCCGGCGCCGGGCGCUUUGUCCUGGUCGGUCUACCGCGGCAUGGAGGUGCUGUCAGGAAACUGGCUGCAGAACAACAUCGGUCAGACCUUUGUCGCGACCCGGAUGGGGGCUCAACUGGUUCUGGGAGGUCUCUUUGCCAUGCUUGCGCCCUCGAAACUCCUCCUGCUUGCCAUCCCUGGCCUGCUUCACACCGUCACACUGAACCCCCACGUCAUGACGCAGAAUGGUAUGGAUCGACUCAACGGCACGCUGCAGACGCAGAACUGGACCAUCAUCGACAGGAAGGAGUCCCUGACGGGUUACAUAUCUGUUAUUGAGAACCAGGACUCGGGAUUUCGGGUCAUGCGCUGCGACCACAGCUUGCUGGGUGGCGAGUGGGUGCGUUAUGGGCGCAACAUCGUUUCAGAGCCAAUCUAUGGCAUUUUCGUGAUGCUGGAAGCUGUCAGGCUUGUCAAGAGGGAGGUUCCUGUGCCAGACGAGAAAGCAAAGGCGCUGAUAGUUGGCAUGGGCAUCGGCACCACACCGUCUGCUUUGAUUGCACACGGGAUUGAUACCACUAUUGUUGAAAUCGAUCCUGCCGUGUACGAAUUCGCCGCAAAGCACUUCUAUCUUCUGCCAAAUCACACUCCAGUCAUUGAUGACGCAGUUGCGUACGCCAAGAGGUUGGCUAGCAGCUCCGACAAGCGCUUCGACUACAUCGUUAAUGAUGUCUUCACAGGAGGUGCUGAACCUGUUGAGCUCUUCACACUCGAGUUCCUCUCAGAUCUGCGCACGCUUCUCAACCCAGACGGCGUGAUCGCCAUCAACUACGCCGGUGACUUUGCUCUGCCGCCGCCACGCAUCGUUCUCAAUACAAUCAAACAAGUGUUUCCCAACUCCUGCCGCAUAUACCGGGAACACGCACGCAAUGAGACACAGGUUGCCGAGACCAAUGUCGACUUUACAAACAUGGUCAUCUUUUGCCGAAAGACCGAGACGUCGACGCCUUUGACUUUCCGCGAGCCAAUUGAGAAGGAUAUGCUGGACAGCGUGUCGCGAGUCCAUUUCUUACUGCCAAAGCACGAGGUCCUCGAGAGUGAAUUCCUCUCCAACGAAACUUCUGUACUUCGAAGAAACAACACCCAGAUUCUUGAAAAGUGGCACAAGAAGAGCGCGAUGGGCCACUGGGAGGUGAUGCGGACGGUUGUGCCGCUGCAGAUUUGGGAGAGCUGGUGAGAUGAUGCGGUUUGGGUCUUUUUUUUAGAACUUGUAGGCACGUCAAAUCAUAUCUUUUGAGUCUAUUCGUUUAUGUAUUUUUAUUUUUAGGUUUCCCUCCUCGUUGUAAAAAGAAGUUUCCAGCUUCUUUCAAAUUAGUCCGUACAUGCGGCACAUUGGCGAUACAUGUGGACUGUAUGGGACUUGACUUCAACUGGCUCCGUUCAGAAAAUUCAUGAUUGUUCCUAUCAUCUACCGUAGAUUUUACCUACAACAAGAAGAAAAAAAAUUGUUGCUGCUGUACUCCAAAUGACAUCGUGAAAGAGACCAAUUUUACAUCGUAACGCUACUACUGCUUGGCUUUCUUCUCUGGCUCUACAGCUGCCUGCAAAGCCCUCUCCAAAGUGAACUCAUUUGAAUCCGCAACAUAGUCAGCCAGAUACGCCGGCACCUCAGCGACGGCAUUCGCAGACGCGGGGAGCGGUUUACCCAGGGUCUCGUAGACAGGCACGACGCCAGUCCAGACCCGUCCUACAAGCUCCUCGUUCUUGGCGUCCCUGACCUCCUCGUGCGGCUCGCCCGCCCGCACCUUUGCGCUGCCGGAUUGGAUCUUGACGCGCAGGACGCUGGUGCUCUGGACCUCUGCGCCCGUCGGGGGCUGGCGCGAGUUCUCCCAGCGUCCCGGGGCGACGCCGUUGGUGAUGAGCUCCAUGGCGUACAGCUUCUCGGCCUCGUCGGUCACGACGGUCGCGUGCCCAAACAGCACGGCCGAGCGGUAGUUGUAGCUCGACGAGAAUGGCGACAGGGCCAGGACGAGCCCGUCGACGUGCGCCGCCGACACGCAGACCGGGACGCCCGCGGGCCCGUUGCCGCCGUCACCGUCGCCGUUGCCGCCGCCCUGGGAGCGCGCCACGUUGGCCAUACGCAUCGACACGUAGCCGUGCAGGUAGAGGUCCAGCACGUCGGCCACGGACGAGGACGGCCGGGCGAAGGAGCCCACCUUCCCUAUCAUGGGCAACGUGAUUGGGAAAGGGGAUGAGGGGUCUGUGAAGGAGACGUGGAGAAUCCGGGAGCUGUUGAUUAUGGUGUGGAUGGUGGUGAGGGAGUAAUCCCCUGGAUUGAGGGCUGUUUUAGUUGCCCUUCUCUUUUUGCCAUAGUUCUAGAAACUAUGCCGAGGGGUGGGGAGAUGAACGAAGCAUACCUCGCUCAUUGUGGCGCUUGACUGAGUUCAGCGCGUUCUGGGGGUACUCUAGCUCGUAACGAGGCAUUUUCUUGUCCUGAUCUUGAUGCCUGAGCCGGGGAAGCAGGAAUCUUCUUCAAACAAAAUGAUAUAGCGAACAAAAAGAGAAAAGUCUCAUGCGCCCUGUUUUCGGUGAUUGACUGACAAUUUAUCCUUCUGUCGGAGAGUACUUUCCAACCCGUGAGUCACAGGAAGAGUUGUAUCAAGAAUGGAUUUUUUUUUUUUUUGGACUAUUCCCGAAGCCAGAUGUUCGCCCAGCCCGAUGAUCACCCAGAUGAGAUAGAUAGACGAU